AUGUCGAGCCCUCGACCAUCGAAACGUCAACGGAUAUGCCGCGCCUGCGAUCAGUGUCGACGGCGCAAGUCCAAGUGUGACGGGGAGCAGCCGGUGUGCAAGAUCUGUAGGGCUGCGGGUCGCACCUGCUCUUAUGAGAAUGGAGGUGGCCGCCGUGGAUUGCCUACUGGUUAUGUGAGGGGGCUGGAAGUCGCGCUCGGUCUGGUCUUUCAGCACAUUCCUGACAGCCAGGCCACUCUGCUCAAAUUGCUGCGCGACUCGCAGACGGACCGGAGCCUCGCCCUCGAGACGUGGCGGAAAUCGAAAGUGGCCAGCCAAAUCUCGACCCUGGCUUACCCUAGUCCGAGAGACAGUGCUCUGGCUGAUGGGGAUUGUGUACUGGAUGAUGAGGAAUGGGAGGACCACGGAUCACACGACAUCUCAAGCAAUCUACCUGCCCCCGUCGCAGCCCCAGACACUACCUCUCAUGAUAUUCAUUCACUUCAUCCUCUUCCAGUUGCGCCUUCAACUAGGUCACAAAAGCUUCGAGAUUUAUCCCUUCCGCCUGACACAGCCGACCUGAUUGAUAUGUACUACAUCCACACACACUCGUGGCUUCCAGUUAUCGAGCGCCGCGACUUGCUUCGUACCAUGUAUACCUAUUCUACGGACUCUUCAUCGCCUGGCCAUUCCCAUCGUCUUCUCUGGGCGGUAGUUGCAUAUGCUAUAUUUAUCAGUGGUCGAGACGGCGACUCGAUCCCGGACCCUGGUUACGUUCUGUCCUCGAUCCAGCAAGAAGUAUUAGCGGCCUCGAAGACCUGGGCGUUAGGAGAUGUUCAAACACUUGUUAUUCUUGUCCUAUUCUACCUGGGCAAGGGAGAAAUACAAUCAGCAUGGGUCUUGUUAGGGCAAACUGUCAGAAUGCUAGUUGUGAUGCAACACUCUCAGCAGGAACAGGGCCGUUUCGUGAAUACGUUCCAUGCGUGUUCCUUCUUGGACUGCGUGACUUCAUCCUUGAUGAAUAGGGCACCUAGCCUGUCUUUUGCAGAACACAGCGCAUUGAAGCAAGUAGACGAAGAUGGCAUGGAGGAGUGGGACAGUUGGAAUCUCCGGACACAGGGCGAUCCGAUGCAGCCGAGAAGCGCACCAAAAGGCCCCUUGCGCUCGCUGAGCAUCCUGAACCAGCUCUCACGCUUUGCACUGCUCUCAUCCCGGGCUCUAUACUGCCCUCUGGAUAUCCCAGCUAGACACGGCAUCUUGUCUGAGGCUCAAGAAUCGCGAAACGCCACCGAGAGUCUGUAUCCCUAUCGUGGUUUAGACACCGCCACGCCACCCCUUGUGACACUCCAUCUGACCGGUGCAUUCACACUUCUCUCUGCGCUCCGUCGUUUCGACUCAAAGGGUCCGGGCUUGGCAGAGCUGACGGUUGCGACAUGCCAUGGUGUGCUUGAUCUACUUGCAGACUACGUCAAGAUGACAGGUACAGCAAGGUCUUCACCUCUUCUUGGUGUAUUCGCCCUGCAAUGCCAGCUUUCUCUCGAAACCCUGAGUACAUGCACCGAGUAUCCUGCCAUGCUCUCCAUAAAAAGCCGGCUGUCGGAGUACCAAGCUUGGGUCCAGGGCAAUGACGUGCCCUCAAGCGACGGCCAGGCCGUAACCCCGGUUGGUCCAGUGACAAACGAUGAGAGAAGCAAGACUGCAGCCUUUUCAGCAGCACAAAUUACAACGCUAGACGAGUCAGCAUUCUUGCUUUCCAACACAAGGCCCAAAGACCCGGCUCGCGCAUCAAAUGCAGGUGUUACAAAGGCGCCGUAUCCCACGCCCUCCUCCUCCAUUCCAACGAACUUGGCUCCAUCCUCUCAAUCCCCAGCCCUCCUGGGCGACACUGAUGCAUUUGACGAGUUGUUUGAGGAGCUCGUGACUACAAUCCCAAAUACAAGAUUUGAACCCGAGUUUGCCCACAAUUUGGGCUUCUAUGCAGGCGACCUGGAGGCAGACUUUUUGACCCAGCUCAACCAGCCGCCGGGGUCCUGA